CAGAGCUCAAAUGGCUCCAUUGACACCCUUCUCGCUCUCUCUAUUAACCCUUCUCGGUCUAUUAACAUCAGGAGCGCUGUCAACGACAUUCACAAUGGUAAACAAAUGCGAGUACGCAGUGUGGCCGGGCAUUCUCUCCUACCCCGGCGCUCCGCCGUUUCCGACUGCCGGCUUCGCUCUCCAGAACGGCGAGACCAUGACCCUAAUCGCCCCCGCCUCCUGGAGAGGCCGCUUGUGGGGCCGAACCCUCUGCACCGACGACUCCACGGGAAACUUCUCCUGCGUCACAGGCGAUUGCGGCUCCGGAAAGCAAGAAUGCUCCGGAAGCUCCGCCCCUCCCGCAACUCUCGCCGAGUUCACCUUAGGCGGCGCCGGCAGCCCUGACGUCUUUGACGUCAGCCUCGUCGACGGUUACAACCUCCCUAUGCUGGUGGUUCCCCAGGGUGGGACCGGCACCAAUUGUAACAACACCGGCUGCGUGGUCGACCUUAACGGCGUUUGUCCCAAGGAGCUCCAGGUGACUAGCGCUGCGGGAAGGGAAGUCGUCGGGUGCAAGAGCGCGUGCGGGGCGUUCCAGGAGCCGCAAUACUGUUGCACCGGCGCGUACGCUACACCCGAGACGUGCAAGCCUUCUUCGUACUCGCAAAUAUUCAAGAACGCGUGCCCUCUCGCGUACAGUUACGCAUACGACGAUAAGACCAGCACCUCCACAUGUGCCAAUGCCAAUUACACCAUCACCUUCUGUCCCUCUCCGAACACCAGGUAAAUUUACACAAAUAUUCCUAU